GACAAUUAUUUUUGGUAUGACAUUUGUUUGAAGAAAAUUGUGGAAGUAUAGCAUCGAAGAAAAGUCAAAAAAUAUAAAUGAGUUAUCCAGUCUUGUUGAGUUUGUGUUUGUGUUUUUUCGCUGCAUAUGGUAUCCCAGCCGAUAACCAAAAAGAAGAACAUGAUAUCCCAGCCGAUAACCAAAAUGAUAAACCAUGUGACAUUCACGGCGAAGACCAAAAUGAAGAACGCGAUAAUUUAAACGAAGAACCUUAUGAUAUUCAAGGCGAUGACCGAAAUGCAGAUCAGACAUGUUCCGUCUGUUGGGACAAUUAUCCAGAUACACCAAUAGGAGUCUGUACACAUAAAUUUUGCAAAGGUUGUAUAGAUACUUGGAAAUUUGAUAAGAGAAGCUACCGUUGUCCUUUAUGCAAUUUUGUAUACGAUAAUCCUGACAUUCAAGCAGUUGUCAAUGUUAUUAAUCAAGAACUAGCUUUUGAAUUGUUCCAGAAUUUUGAUUAUAUCGUUAGGAAUUCAGAUUAUUAUAGUGAGUAGUAAAAAAAUAAAUACAUACAUUUUUUUAUUAAAAAAUUAAUAUUACAUCAAGUUAAUG